AACAUUCAAGCAAGAGACAAUGAAGGCAGCAAUUUUCGUACUCAUCGCCGUGGGCACCGUGUUGGUUGUGGCCGACGACUUCAAGAAGGGCCCUGGCCCUCACCAUGAGGAUAACCAUCAUGAAUUUAACGGUCAGCAGCAUCAGCUGAAACAGCAGCAUCCACAGGAGCAUCUUCACCCGGCCGGCCCGGCCCAUCAGGAGAAUCAUCACCAGGCCGCCCCGGCUCACCAGGAGCACCAGCUUAAGCAACAGCACGAGCAUCAGCCACAGCCCCAUCAGCACCACAAACGCGAGACUCCGAAGCAGGAGAACGUAGCUGGUCAAUCGACCACGGCCGCUCCGAAGGCCACCGUCGACCCGAAGCAACCGUCUGCCCUGCCGGCCAUCGUAAGCCAGCCUCCGAAGCAGAAGCGUGAUACCCUGGCCGACAAGCCCGUCCAAGCCCGCCCCACCACGGCCUCUCCGGCGAAGGGAGUCUCCGGUAGCAACCAGCAGAAGAAAAACCAGCCCCGUCCGACCGGUAGCGCCAAGGUGAACCGUGACCAGCCCAAGGUUCCUCUGCAGGUCCCACAACCCGGCGCGAAUAACAAGGCACCGGCCGCAGCCCCGGCUCCGUCGACAGCUAACCCGGCCAAGAAGGCUUAAGGUGUUCGCCGAUACUCUGAUACAUCGUUGUGGUGGCAUGCACAUGUUAUUUACUCGUUAAAUCGUGAAUGUUUUACGUGUUUUCUUUUAAUAAAAUGUUACAAC